AUGCAGAACUCCUCAGCAAGCGGCGCCAAUAAUCAAGAGCAGCAUUUGCGCGCACAGCUCGAGCUCCUCAAGAGCCACGACGCGACAGGCUCGUCCUCGCCGACUUCUCCUGCUCCCCGUGAUACCCGGCAUCAACCCCUUCAACCGGCUCCUGUGCGGCCGUCGAAUGGCUUCGAUCACUUGUCCAACCCCCAAGAUCAACCCCGAGCUAUAGCCGCCAAAGGCGAGGUUGAAGCUCAUAUACACCCUGACCUUCGCGCCCGAGCCAACAACGCACCCACCGCAAACAUGAUGCCAAUCGUUCCUCCAUCCGGACAUAGCCCAGGCGCCUCUGCUGGCCCAUCUACGGCUCCAAUUGCCUCCAUACCCCCGCCUCACAUACCGCCGGAAGACCUUCGCGGCAAGACCAAGCGUGAACUAUCUCAGUCAAAACGUGCAGCGCAAAAUAGGGCUGCUCAGAGAGCAUUCAGACAGCGCAAAGAGGGCUAUAUCAAGAAACUCGAGCAGCAGGUACGCGAAUACAUGGACAUGGAGCAAUCCUUUAAAGCGCUCCAAACAGAUAACCAUGCGCUGAGAGAGUAUAUUGUUCACCUGCAAUCGCGGUUGUUCGAUGUGACAGGCGAAUACCCACCUCCGCCUCACAACGUUGAUCUUGCUCAGCCUGCACAACAACCGUCAGCACCAGCUACUGCCCCCGCUUCGGCUCCAACCCCAGCACCUGCUCCGAUUGCUUCUGCUCCUUCUGAACCAGCGCCUAGUAAUUCCGCAGCCGGAACACCUUUGGAAGCUGUUGCGCAGGCUGUUGCAGGUCUCGCGGCUCAGGAACAAAUCGAGCGUCAACAAUACCCCACGGCGCACGAAUGA